AAAUCAUAGUUUCUGACAGCGACUAACAAAUCCUAUACUUGUUAUCCCAUGAUGAUUCUCCACAGAAAACAAGCUGUAAAUGUAAAAGCGGGCUAUGUAAAGAUUGGAGACGAAUGCACAUCCAUCUGUGUCGUCAAUAAUCCAUGUAAAGAUUUUGAGAGAUGUACACCAGAAGAUGUUUCUGAAGGCAAUAAGAAUGGAUACAACUGUACGUGUGAAGAUCCGUUCACUGACAAAGAUGGAAAAUGUGAGCUGAAAGAAGAAGACAAAUGUGAUUUAGAUUGUGGUGACGGAGGCACGUGCAUGAAAACUGGCAACGAGAAUAGCUGUAAAUGUAAAUUAGGGUAUAUUCUAGAACAGAAAGACGGAAAUCAAAGCUGUGUUCAAUACUGCGGAAGUCAAAAGUGGAAUGAAGACAACGAAGACAAAAGCUUAUGUCCCGGGGACUGUAAAUCAACUGAAACUGGUUUUCAAUGUGUGUGUGAAGGAAAGUACGAACUGGAUCAAGAAAGCGGCCGUUGUAAAAUAAAACCGUUGUGUGACGAAGACAACGACGGAUACCGGAACUGCAGUGGAAAAAAUGCUCUAUGUAAAAUUAACGAAGAUGAAGAGUUAGGCUACGAAUGUGAAUGUCCUGUAGGUACAGAAGAGGUCAAUGAUGGAAAGUGUGUGUCUUUAUCUUAAAUUGCAAAAUAUACAGACAA